AUGUGUGGAAUGUUGUUGGAGGUGUAUGAGUUCCAACGCGUCAAUGUUGAAGAUCCCCCACAUGAACGAGCAAAUUUCUUUGACCGUUGUUUCUUUGGAUUCGGUCAGAGUGCAGAAAUCACUGUUGUACUGGAUGGAGCUGAUACUAGGAAGCAAGCUGACAUUAAGACUGAAGAUGGAAAGAAAGAAAGGCAUCUACUUUACUAUGAUGGUGAAAGUGUGUCAGGAAAGGUGAACAUCUCUCUGAAAAAGCCUGGUAGUAAAUUGGAGCAUCAGGGUAUAAAAAUUGAGUUCAUUGGUCAGAUUGAACUAUACUACGACAGAGGAAACCAUCAUGAGUUUACAUCAUUGGUGAAGGAACUUGCUCGGCCAGGAGAACUCUUCCAGAACACAACCUACAACUUCGAGUUCUUAAAUGUGGAGAAACUAUUUGAAUCAUAUACUGGAUCAAAUGUUCGGUUGAGGUACCUGCUACGUGUGACCAUUGUGCGACGGUUGUCUGAUAUUAUCAAAGAAGUGGACUUAGCAGUGCACACUCUCUCCUCAUACCCGGACAUGAACAAUAGUAUUAAGAUGGAAGUGGGGAUUGAAGACUGCCUGCACAUCGAAUUCGAAUACAACAAGUGCAAAUAUCACCUGAAAGAUGUCAUUGUUGGUAAAAUAUACUUCUUAUUAGUUCGGAUAAAGAUCAAACACAUGGAGAUAGCUAUUAUCAAGAGAGAAACAACUGGGUCAGGGCCUCAUACAUUCACGGAGAACGAAACAAUCGCCAAAUACGAGAUAAUGGACGGAGCACCAGUGCGUGGGGAGAGCAUUCCAAUACGAGUGUUUCUGGCAGGAUACGAUUUGACACCAACAAUGCGGGACAUUAACAAGAAGUUCUCAGUCAAAUACUUUCUUAAUUUGGUGCUAAUGGAUGAGGAAGAUCGUCGCUAUUUCAAGCAGCAGGAAAUCACACUGUGGCGGAAAGGCGAGAAAGCGUACAAAGCAGGUCAUGCGCCGUCCCCUCAUGUGCCGUCACAUCUCGUCUCUGGAGAAGGAGGCCCGCGCGGCUCCGAACCUAUCGUGCAGUCUCCACCAUCCACUGCUCCGAUCGAGGACAUGAAGAGAGAGGAUGAGACUCCACCGCCGCAAGAAGAAUAGCCUCUGCCAUCCCGAACUUACGCCCCCCUCUAGUCAGGUACACUUACAUUAAGUCUGCUGAUGCGUGUUUAACUUUUUAUCUGUGAUGGUGUUGAGAUGAAAUUAAAUAAUUGUGGCUGUACAAACGUUUAAGGUAAUUUUUUACCUUCUUAGAGGUUUUAAAGUCCAAACUUAUUUGUUAAGAGUUUAAUACAAUAGUUCAAAUUAAAAUGUAUAGAGGUCACUUGUUACCCUGUAGGAGUUAGAUAACCAUAGUUAAUUUUGUUCAAUAAUUGGUUAUUGAAAUCUGGCUUUUGCCUUGCCUUCUUUACCGAUCAGAACCACAUUUCAUUUUUGAUUGGUAUGGCAAAACCUUUAGCAAUCAUUUUGAAAAAAGGAAAUUAUGUUGAAAAGUCCUUAAAAAUGCCCUUAAAUUUGGUGCUAUAAUAUUUAUUUUUUUAUUAUUUAUUGAAGGCAUUAUAUCAGUAUAAAACACAUGUAUUGCCAGUAUUGUUAAUAUUUUUUAAAUUAUGACUUGGUUAAGUUUCUGAUUUUUAAAAUUUUUAAGCAUUGUGCUAAUCAGUUUUAUAAGAAAAUGUCUUAUAUUAUUAUAAAUUUAGCCAGAAAUAGUAAAUUUAUUUGUCAUGGAAUUGUUAAAAUAUUGAGUACUAUAUGACUAACAAAUAACGUAAUUAUUGGUUUUAGAAGAGAUUAAUAUUUGUUAUUGUUUUAAGAUCCACACUGUGUGAAUCAGAAGAGAGGAGAGGAGUGGGGGUUAAAAUUAUGAUUUUUAUUGGCAUUUUCAGGAAAUUUUAGUUAUUAUUUGAAAUCAGUUAAGGCAAAAUGUGCUACUGGCACUGCCAGUUUAUACACCCUAACCGUACUGAUGUCAGUCGACUAGCUUACUUUUGGGGUAUUGGUAGAUUCCUGCCGGUUAUGAUAGGCUAUCGUGCACAGGAUGUUGCACGUUUUCCUAUAUAUAAAAUCACUCCUUUCUCCAAAAUUCUAUUUCUGUAGGCUAUUUUUAGAAGUGAAAUUUCAUAAUCAUAUAUUUCCAGUAGGCAAUGCUGUAAUAUUUUCGUAUCGUAACAAACAUAAAUGAUCCCAUUUAAAAACAAAUGAAAUAAAUAAAAUCUAUCGAUUAGUCAGAUGGGCUGUUGAAUAAAAUUGAUAUUUUACUGGUAAAAUUAAAAAUAUAUAAAUUAAUAGCAAAUUAUUUAUUUCUGCUUACAAAACUAAUUUUAAUUAUACGUUUAAAAGACAAGAUGUAAUUAUUUAAUAGUGGCCGUAUGCAUGAAAACGUGUGGCAUAAAAGAGACACAAGAAAUUAAAAUAUAGGGAGACAAAUCUUAACAUAUUUAAUUAUUUACAUGUAUUAGUCUCUCUAAAACAAAAUGUUUUGUAAUGAUUAACUUAUAAGAUUUAGGUAUUUAAUGUAAAUGUAUGAAAUUUUAUGGUAUUAAAAUUUGAAAAAAUGUUUACAAUACUAUUAGUAAAAGUAACUUUUUUAAUUGCCGAAAAAUAUGUAACAAUUAGUUCUAGUUUUGUUUAUUUUUUGUAGACAAUUAAAUUUCCCAGAUUAGAUUAUGACUGUGAUGAAGGCAGACUUAAUGUAUAGAGUACUAACGCACACAACUCUUGGGGGAUGUGCUGUAGAAUUAAUAUUGUUAAUAUUGAUAUCAUUGUAAUAUUCUGUUGUUUACUAUUAAGAAAUAGGGAGGAAUUAUGUCGCAGCCUUUAUUUACAUGCAACAUGUUUUCAGUAAUAAUAACCUGUUAUAUAAAUUAUUUCACUAUAUUUUAGAUUUAAAAAGCUGUAUAUUCACGUUACUGUUUACUUUUAAUCUAAACAUGUUGAAUAUUAAAAUAUUUAUUUUCUGAUAAUGUUGUGUUUAAAUUUAUAUGUUCUCCUAUAAAUUAAUUAGUAAAAUAAUUUACUUAGUACGAUAAUUACCAUAUUUUAUAUAAUAAAAAUUUAUAUGUUUUACAGUGUUGUAGUUUUUGUAUAUUUUUGCUCACAAAUUAUUUGUAAAAUAAAUUUAAGGCGUGAAAAAUGCCAUUUUGUAUGUAACAGCUCUUGUUUGUGAUUGUAAGCGUAUAUUGUUAUUUUUAGUGUUUAUGGACGGACUUUUUAGUUUUAAUACAUUUUGAAUAUCUUUAAUAAAGCUGCUAUAUUGGUUUGGUGGUUUUUAUACAUUAGAACUUUCAAUAUUAAAGUUGUAAACUGAUAUUAAACAUUAGUAAAAAACCUGUGGAAUCUCAAUCACGUAUUUUUUUGUAUUCUGUCAGAGGUUAUCAAAAUUAUCACAAUUUAAUUGAUUUAAAAUCGUCAAAUUAAUAAGCAUAAUUCUGUUUUUGAGUAAACUGCUCCCAUGCUUUCCUUUAGUGUUGCAUCAUAUGUAUUUGAAAACAAUCAGAUUUGGUCUAAAAAAUAUUUUUUGUGAUAAAACUGAAGAUGUUAGAAGCUGUUACACCAAUAAUAGACUGAUGUAGGAAAUUCAGAAACUUUAUUUAAAAUUAAAACAGUUUUUAGUUGUUAUGAUUUGCUCAGUGAUUUAGUGUUAAUUAAAUUUAAUGGAUUCUUAAUAAAAACACUAAUAUAGAAUUCACAGUAUAAAUUUAAAAAAUAUGUUAUGGUUACUAUUAUAAUGAGUUCAGCUCCCAGUGAAACCAACUUACCGUAUUGCAGCGAUAAACAUCACUCUAUAACGGCAGGUAUUCUUAUACUCUGCCAAAAAUCAAUGUUUUACAAAACAUGUGAAAUAUCAUGGUUGAUUGUUCGUACACACUACUACACUACUACGUAGUACUCACUAUUAAUUCUGUUCUCACCCACAAAACUAAAAAAAGGUAUUAAAACCUUAGCUUCAUUUGGCAUAAAAUAACUUUAGCCCAAACACAUUUUCAGUGUAAAAUUAAAAAAAUUUGUGAAGAUUGAGAAUAACUGUAGUUCUGUUGAUUUAUACUACCCAUUUUUGCUUUGUGUUUGGUAUAAAAAUAAUAGGGAAGUAGAAAUUCUUUCACUAAUUUUUUGCCAAUUAGAGGUAAAACACUAUGUUUAUAAAUGUUUAGUUCAAUUAGCAAAAUUCUAAUCUUCAUAUGUCAAAAGUAAAGGAUGAGAUUAACAAUAAAAGCCAACAAACCAUAUCAGUUUCAUUUCAAUAUUAAUUUCUUAAGAUUCCUACAUUCAUUUUUGAGAUGUCUGGUCGGACAUUUUAUCUCUUAUAACUGUUAUAUGUUACUCGUAUAUAUUUGAAAAAAGAAGCAAUAAUGAAUGUGUACCGCCGUCACAAACUCUGUAACUGACUACCCAACUUGGAUUGGCAGAGUUUAAUAUUUUUCUAAAAUGUUUUUAAAUUAGUUAAUUUGUAAUAGCCUAUUUGUUAUUAACACCUGAUUUACACAAAUAAAAUUAAUGUGUCAAAUGGAGUGAAUGAUUUGUUUAGUUGUAUGCAUAAAUACAUUGAGGUAUUUGAAACUUAAAUACAAUUUUAGUUCUUGUUAAUUUUAUAUUUUUAAUGUAAAUUAUUAUACACCAAAACUUUUCUUGGUGAUAAACAUUUCUAUCAAAAUGUACAAUAAUGUAUGAAUGUAUUCUUCAAAGGAAGUAUUUAAUGAAUUCAAAAACACUAUUUAAAAAUGUUAUUAUUUUCUGAAAUGUAUUAUCAACAUCAAAAUAUUUCAUGAAUAUUUAGUUUGUUUAUAUUUGUUGGAUAAUAAUUUUACAAUAAUCAUUACUCAAACGUGGUUUUAUUGUAUUUUUAUUUCCUGCAUUUAAAAUCUAUUGCUAUCCUGUCUUUUUUCAUAUAAAUAGUUCAUAGUUAAAUACAAUACUUUUUUUAUAAUAAAAUGUGUGUAUUAUUAUUUUUGAUUUGUUGCAUUCCUUACUAAAUAUAUAUUAUUUAUUGUGUAAUUUUUUUAUCAGAUAAGUUUUUAAAUGCCAUUAUGCAUAUUAGAAUAAUAGUGCAUUAUAUCAGAAGAGACCAACGAAGGGGGUUGCCUCUUCCUAAUCAAAGCUCCUAUCCUGUGUAAAAUAUUGUAUAUAUUGUAUUCAAUUUAAAAUUUACCAGUCUGUCUGUAUGUAGAUCUAAGAUUAUACUGUACUGAAUGACAGAUUAUAUUUCUUUGUAACAUUU